UAUUUAUACCAUGGGGAUAUUUUUCAAAUUAUUGCUGCUAACAACAGUGUUGGCAUUUACACUGGAGCAUACCAGUGCAACUUUAAUACAGAAGAAACAUAACAAAACAUCGAUUGCAAAAAAGUUCAGAAAGCAAGUAAAAAUAGUUCUGAAUUGCACUAAAUACUGUGAAUGGAAUCAUUACAUCCGCAGAUACUUAGGAAGAUGCAUGUUCAAAGACAAUAAAGAUUUAUGUAAACUUUGUCGAAGACUCGGAUGCAAGUCAGGAACUAUAUUUGGUGACGAAUCGUGGACAGAUGAUGACGAAUUUUUACUUUAUUAAAUUAACAUUCUGCAUGAAAUUUACUUUAAGUAUGAAGAUUAGUAAAAUUUAGAACAAUAAAUCAUCUGAUUAUUUUAUUUUGUGCAUAGCGUAAUUU